AUGUGGUUGUGCUGCUAUGACUGGGGACAAAUUGCUUUGACUUUCAAAGGCUGGAUGUUUCUGCUUUCCCUCCUUAUCCUGCCUCAGACGCCUUUCAGCAAGACCCUUAACUCCAUGUGUGGUAGCAAGCCAGGGGUUCAGCAUCAUUCUCCUGCCUCCUCUAGUGAUAUUGUCAUUGCUGAAUUUGUGUCCAUGGUAUUUCUCAAAGUGCCUUUACACAACUUUAUGCAAAAGCCAUCAGAAUCUCAGACAGCAUGGCUAUUGCCUAAAAAUUACCAGCAUGUCCUGGUCUUUCUUUUUGCCAUUCACGAGAUCAACGUGAAUGAGAACUUGUUACCAAAUACUACUUUGGGCUCCCAAAUCUAUGAGAAUGCUUUUAAUCCAUUGAAAGCUUGUGGGAACCUUUUGACCCUCCUCUUCAUGGGACAAAACUGUCUGCCCAAUUAUAACUCUGUAAAGGAUCAGAAGCUCAUGGCUGCUGUUGGUGACCUCAACUUCCAGAACUCCAUCCAAAUGGCCAACAUCAUAAAUGCCUACAAGAUUCCACAGCUCAGUUACAGCUCUUUUGACCCUGCACUAAGUUAUAAAACUCAGUUUCCAUCUUUAAUCUGGAUGACUCCAAAUGAAAAUCUCCAGUAUGGUGGGAUUAUUCAGCUGUUGAAAUAUUUUGGAUGGAAUUGGAUAGGCCUCUUCAUCCCAGAUGAUGUCACUGGAGAGAGAUUUUUCCGAAUUCUGAGACCAAAGCUUAUCCAGAAUGAUAUUUGCAUUUCACUGAUUCAGUUCAUCCCAAUAGUGAUAAACUAUGUCUCCAAUACCUUCCAGCAGAAGCAACUCAAUAAGAUUGCAGCCACCUUAUGGUUCAGUAAAAGCAAUGUAAUACUUGUUUAUGGAGACAUGCAGUCUAUGGAUGGUUUACGAAUCAUUCUUGAAAGUUAUGAAAUUAAUAGCAAGGUUCCAAUAGAGAGGGUUUGGAUCAUAUCAGCUCUGUGGGAUGUCACUUCUGUCUUUGAAGCUCAUAAAUUCACAGGACUUUCGUUCAAUGGCAGCUUAUCCUUUGCUCUUCACACAAAUGAGGUACCAGGAUUUCAGGAGUUCCUUGAGAGUCUAAAUCCAAAUCGCUCUAAGAUGUAUUUCAUACAUCAGUUCUGGUGUACUGCAUUUAUCUGUUCACUUCCAAUGUAUAAUAUAAAUGUGCCAGGCAAAGGAAUCUGCACUGGGGAAGAGGAUUUGGGGAGCCUCCCUGGGACAGUCUUUGAAAUGCAAAUGUCUGGCCAGAGCUAUGCUAUUUGCAAUGCUGUGCAUGCUGUGGCACAUGCUCUCAAUGCCAUGGAUUCAUCCAGAGCCAGACAGAAGACAGCGGAAAAUGGAGAGAAGUGGAAUUUGCUGAAAGUCCAACCUUGGCAGCUUCACGUAUUUCUGAAAAAUAUCAGCUUCAACAAUAGUGCUGGGGAAGAAAUAGUUUUGGAUGACGGUGGGAACCUGGGAGGAAGAUACGACAUCAUCAGCUUGGUCACAUUCCCCAAUCGAUCCUUCCACAAAGUCCGAGUUGGAAGGACCGAGCCUCAGAGUUCUCAAAGGGAACGACUCAGUAUAAAUGAAAGUGCCAUUAUAUGGAAUCCCCGGUUUAAGGAGUUACCACCUUCUUCAACAUGUGUAGAAAGUUGCCAUCCUGGAUACCGAAAAUUAACAAAGCAGGGGGAACCUAUUUGCUGCUAUGACUGCAUUCAGUGUUCAGAGGGAAGGAUUUCAAUCAAGACUGAUGCCAAGGAAUGUGAAAAAUGCCCAGAAGACCACUAUCCAAAUGAGAAGCAAGAUCACUGCAUUCCCAAAAGCGUUACCUUCUUAUCCUAUGGAGUGGUCCUGGGAGCAGUUCUGGCUACUUUUCUGGCUACUUGUACUGUUUCUUUCUCAGGAAUCACCAUUGUGGUGAUGGGGACUUUCAUCCACUACCAGAACACUCCCAUCGUCAAAGCCAACAACUGGGGCAUCACCUGCACCCUCCUCUUCUCACUGCUGCUGUGUUUUCUCUGCUCCUUCCUUUUCCUUGGUUGUCCUGGGACAGCCACAUGCCUUCUUCGACAGACAGUUUUUGGAGUUGUCUUUUCCAUUGCAGUGUCUUGCGUGUUGGCCAAAACCAUCACUGUAAUUCUAGCCUUUAUGGCCACAAAGCCAGGGAACAGGAUGAGGAAGUGGGUGGGGAAGAGGCUGGCCAUCUUUGUCAUUGUUCUUUGCUCCUUGAUUCAAAUGACCAUUUGUGCUGUGUGGCUGAUAAUUUCUCCCCCUUUCCCAGAGUUGGACAUGCACUCCCAGUUUGGUGAGAUCUUGGUGCAAUGCAAUGAAGGCUCAGAAAUUAUGUUCUACAUUGUGCUGGGCUUCAUGUGGCUUCUGGCCAUCAUCAGCUUCGUGGUGGCCUUCUUUGCACGGAAGUUGCCCGACACUUUCAAUGAAGCCAAGCUCAUCACCUUCAGCAUGCUGGUCUUCUGUAGUGUCUGGGUGUCCUUUGUGCCCACCUACUUGAGCACCAAGGGGAAAUUCAUGGUGGCUGUGGAGGUCUUCUCCAUCUUGGCCUCAGGUGGUGGCUUACUGGCUUGCAUUUUCCUACCCAAGUGUUAUAUUAUUGUGCUGAGACCAGAGCUGAACACCAGGGAACAUUGUCCAAAGCAGUUCUCCAAAGAAGAGCAGGAAAUCCAUGUUAAUUACAAUUUAGCUGCCCCACUGCUGGAAGCUCCUAUUCAAACUCGGGCAGUGUCUUCUCGGUCAUCUCAUCUGUUCAUCACCUUUCUGUGUUGA